CAUGGUGUGGAAAAAACGAGUGAGCGGUUUAGAGGUAUGAAAAUUUCCCGCCAUUUGCCUCUCUCCCUCCUUGAGAUAACCUCAUCAAUCUCAUCUCCACCAUCAGAGCUAAGCACCCAAAAGAGCAAUGGGGAUUCAGGGGCUGUUGCCGCUACUGAAGUCGAUAAUGGUGCCGAUCCACAUCAAGGAUUUGGAGGGUUCUUCUGUCGCGAUCGAUACCUAUUCUUGGCUCCACAAAGGCGCUUUCUCCUGCAGCAAAGACCUCUGCAAUGCCCUUCCCACCUCCAAGCACAUUGAUUACUGUAUGCAUAGAAUAAAUCUACUACGGCACUAUGGAGUAAAACCCGUUCUUGUCUUUGAUGGAGGCCUUCUUCCAAUGAAGAGUGAACAAGAAAUCAAGCGUGCAAGGACGAGAAAAGAAAAUCUUGCACGAGCAAUGGAACAUGAGACGAAUGGAAAUUCUGCUGCUGCCUAUGAGUGUUACCAGAAGGCCGUUGAUAUAACACCUAUGAUAGCCUAUGAACUGAUUCAAGUGUUGAAGCGGGAGAAUAUAUCGUAUGUUGUGGCACCUUAUGAGGCAGAUGCUCAGAUGACCUUCUUGGCCAUCAGCAAUCAGGUUGAUGCUGUUCUUACUGAGGACUCUGAUCUAAUACCCUUUGGCUGUCCAAGGAUUAUCUUUAAAAUGGACAAAUUCGGACAAGCAGUCGAGUUUCGAUACGACAUGUUAUCAAAGAACAAGGACUUGAACUUUGCUGGAUUUACAAAACAGAUGCUUCUUGAGAUGUGCAUUUUGAGUGGUUGUGAUUAUUUGCAGUCAUUGCCAGGAAUGGGACUCAAAAGGGCUCAUGCACUUAUCAAGAAAUUGAUGAGUUAUGACAAGGUGAUUAGACACUUGAAGUACAGCACAGUUUCAGUUCCUCCUCUUUAUGAAGAAUCAUUCAAGAAAGCCAUAAUGACUUUUCAGCAUCAAAGGGUUUACGACCCUAUCACUGAAGAUAUUGUACAUCUCUCUCCAAUAUCCCACAAUAUAGGAGAUGACUUGGACUUCUUGGGCCCGUCGAUACCGCAACAUAUAGCGAAAGGUAUAGCCGAGGGUGAUAUCGAUCCAUGUACAAACUUACCAUUCCAGGAGCAGAAUAUCAUUACCGGAGUCGUUCAUGAAAAACCUUACAAACUAAAAGAAUUUAACGCUGAGAGUGUGAAGAAAAAGUUGGAUUUACCUGUGCAGAAGAAUGUCCUGACGAAAUACUUUUGUUUUGCCUCUCUUGAUGCCAAGAGAAAGUUCAGGGCCCCAAAACAAUCAGCUAAUCACUCAACCUUCAGGGAUGGCUCCUCAAUUAGUGCUGAGGAGCCGCCGCCAGCUUCUACUCAUCCUAUAAGAAAUGAUAAUGCAGAUGGGUUUCCUGGUAAGGACACAGAGCAUAUUUUACUGCAGCAACACACUCAACCAAUUCAUAAGCCUUGUAUAACGCUUCAUAAGGGACCUGAUAGUGAGAAUCUUCCUGAAACAACGGGAGAAAAAGUGAGAAAAGAGAACAAAAGGGUCAUUGUAAGGAGUUCUUACUUUAAGCAUAAGCCUGAAUGCAAUGAAGAACAGAUAGCCACUCCCGUGGUUGCUUCUUUUACUAGUAAUUCUUGUGACAGUUCAAUCAAGAAAAGAAAAGCCUCCCCAAAUGAAGAAAUUCAAGUGGACAAUGUGAAAACUAAGCAUUUGUGUAAGGAUACAUUGCAGCCUGAUCAUGAUGAAACUGUAUUGGAGACAGAAUCUGAAGGGAAGUUUGGAUCCAACAUUUCUCACUUGAGUCAUUACUCUGACAUAGCAGAAAAAUCAAUGGAACGAUUCGUUUCGGUAAUAUCGUCAUUUCGAUUCUCUUCGGGGUCUCGAGCUAGUGGUCUCCGAGCUCCUUUGAGAGAUGUUCCGAACAGCAUCAAUAGGUCUGCUACUGCAAUGGACUUGAGUCAAUUUGCAUAUGUACCAAAUAAGAACAAAGCUCCCUCAAAAUUCCGAAAAGGACGACGUUGAUCGGUAUUUAAGCAGCAGAUCGUUUCGAUUGCCCAAGAAGACAUGGGAGUUUUGUUGUAGAUAUCCACUCUAUUUUAUUUCAACUAGGCAACAAGUUCAUAAUUUGGUUCAUCUUCAACAGCUCGAGGCGUUUCAGCUACGUUCAAACGCGCUGCUCUUCCCAGCUUCAAGCCUCAUCUGUGAGUCUAAAUGCUUCCUACUCAAUCACAUUCUUCAAAUAUGAGUCAUAGGAAUAUAUGCUUCAAAUCCUUCCUUUUCUGGAUUUAGAUGUUCCAUUAAUCACAUGUACAUAACUGAGGUGAUAUAAGGAAAGUGUAGAAUUGUUCUGUAUGUUUGUUUGAUAAUGCUUCUAAAAACAGAAAAACAAAUAGUUUGAAACCUUGUUACAUUCACAUAUGUUAGAUUACAAAAAUCAAUGGAACGAUCAUUUUGA